GGAACUCAGAGCCGCCCCAGAUCCAAGAUGGGGGCGAUGGCGCCGCGCACGCUGCUCCUGCUGCUGGCGGCCGCCCUGGCCCCGACCCAGACCCGCGCGGGCUCGCACUCCAAGCUGUAUUUCAACACCAUCGUGUCCCGGCCCGGCCUCGGGGAGCCCCGGUUCAUCGCCGUCGGCUACGUGGACGACACGCAGUUCGUGCGCUUCGACAGCGACGCGGAGACUCCGAGGAUGGAGCCGCGGGCACCGUGGAUGGAGCAGGCGGGGCCGGAGUAUUGGGAGCUGAGCACACGGAACGCCAAGGAACAAGAGCAGACUUUCCGAGUUGACCUGAGGACCCUGCUCGGCUACUACAACCAGAGCAAGGGCGGCUCUCACACCAUCCAGUGGAUGAACGGCUGUGAAGUUGGGUCGGACGGACGUUUCCUCCGUGGGUACAAUCAGUUCGCCUACGACGGCCGCGAUUACCUCGCCCUGAACGAGGACCUGACGACGUGGACGGCGGCGGACACGGCGGCGCAGAUCACCCGGCGCAAGUGGGAGCAGGCUGGGGAGGCAGAGAGAUACAGGACCUACCUGCAGGGCUGGUGCGUGAAGUCUCUGCUCAGAUACCUGGAGAAAGGGAAGGACGCACUGCUGCGCACAGUUCCCCCAAAGGCACAUGUGACCCAUCACCCUGGAUCAAAAGGUUACAUCACCCUGAGGUGCUGGGCCCUGGGCUUCUACCCUGCCUUCAUCACCCUGAGCUGGCAGAGGGAGGAGGAGGAACAGACUCAGGACAUGGAGCUGGUGGAGACCAGACCUUCUGGGGAUGGAACCUUCCAGAAGUGGGCAUCUCUGGUGGUGCCUUCUGGAGAGGAGCACAAAUACACAUGCCAUGUGCACCACGAGGGGCUGCCUGAGCCCCUCACUCUAAGAUGGGAGCCUCCUCAGUCCACGGUCCCCAUCAUGGCAGUCAUUGCUGGUCUGGUUCUCCUUGGAGCUGUGAUCAUCAUUGUAGCUGUGGCAGCUGUUGUGAGGAAGAGGAGGAGAAACACAGUUUUUCUUCUCACAGGUGGAAAAGGAAGGGACUAUGCUCCAGUGUCAGGCAGAAACAGUGACCAGAGCUCCGAUGUGUCUCUCCCAGACUGAAAAGCGUGAAGACAGCUGCCUGGUGUGGAUGGAGUGACAGACGAUGUGUUCAGGUCUCUCCUGUGACAUCCCGAGCCCUCAGUUCACUCUCAGCAAUAGUGUCUGAUGUUCCCUGUGAUCCUAGGGCUCAGUGUGAAGAACUGGGGAGCCCAGCCCACCCUGCACACCUGACCCUGUCCCUGCACUGCCCUGUUCCCUUCCACUGCUAACCUACCUGUUCCUGCAGACAGGAGGGGACAUCUCCAUCCUGUCUCCUCCAUGCUGCCCUGAGCUGCAGCCCCUGACUUCCCUACUGAAAAUAAGAACCUGAAUGUGAACUUGGUUGUUAAUGUUCUUGAUCUCAAAGGUUAAUUGGCUGUAAAAUAAAGGAUUAGAUAGAGUUUAUGGAGGAAAUAAAUGGCAGCAUGGAGAACCUCCAAGAA